CUAGGUCAUUUCCCAUUAUGAAAUAAAACAUUUUUUCUCAGCUGGGAGAUGCUAAGCUACAUUCACAUUCAAAUCAUUUGUCAUUUUAAUCACAUGUAAAUAUUUUCCAGUCCACUGUAUUAAAAUACUGUACUCUGAUAUCUGCUAGCCUCAAGGGAGUGCAAUGAAAAAUGUUCCAUAUAUGAUGUUCUUUUUUUUUUUUUUUUUAAAUCUACCAAGGAAGUACUACGUUAAAUAGCUUUUGUAGAUUUUUGAAAUGCUAUCUGCUGACAUUUCAUGUUUUAUGUCAUUGUAAUUGCCUAACAUUUAUCACAGUCUAAUAUAUUAUUCUGAUAUUGUAUCAAAUAAUAUUACUUUGUACAUGUAAAGCUUCUUGUUUCCUAAACAAACCCUGAUUGCAUCUUAUUAUGGAUUCAGCUUAGAUAAAUAGAUCACGGCAGUAAAUAUAAUGACUGUGUAGUGUAUAUGUAAGCGAUAUGGGCUGACGAAGUGUCCUGAUAUAAAAGCUGUGUAACACCAAAAUCCAAAGGGGAAGCUUGUUUCCUUGAACAAGAAUGUUAUUUUCGGAUUUCAGGACAUUUAUUGGGUGUUAUCUUGCUUAUUCAAAAGCUCAGGUCUGUACAUGUUUUACCUAGUCAUAACUGAAUUAUAUGAAAAUCAUUGUUAUUUCAUGUAGCUGACUUUGUGUCACACCCACUGGUUAACAUUUACAACUCAACUGUUGCAUAAAUAUAGGCUUAACCUUAACUGUUAUUUACACUCUUUGCCGUGUUUACAUUCCAACGUGAUUCCAAAAUGUGCUAUGAGGAACAAUAUUUAGAGCUGAGAUUACAUUUUUUGACUGGAUAUACUUCUCUCCUAUUUCAUAGGAAUCACAAUUUAAGGAUUUAAUGCGCACCCAUGAUCUGAAAAGAGACCUUCUCAAGUCUCAGUAACAUCAUCAAACGAUUAUUGGCACAUGCAGAAACAUGCAUAGAGAAAACUAAAAAUGCAAAACAGACAAUUUUAUACCCUUAGGUCACAAUGAAGAAUACAAGGAAGAUGAAUUUACAGCAACAAGGCAUUUAGUGUGUUAGGUUUCCUAAAUAUAUUAUAACAAGUAACAAAAAUGGUAAAAUAGUCCACUUUCACCUUUUCACGUAUUUGUAGUGCUACAGCUUGUGAGUACAGUCACAUGAUCUCAAUAUAACACCUGUUCCUUGUAGAACCCAGAGUUAUUUAGAGAACAUACCUAAACGAACAGCAUGAUGAACACCAAUGAAGCGCUGUCAAAACAAGUCUGGGGCAAAGUUCUGGAAAAUUAUCAAUUAGGGUUUGGUUAUAAAAAAUAUCCUAAACUUUGAACAUUCUGCAUUAUAUCCAUUAUUUAAACGGUAUGGAGGGCAUUAGUCAGAGAAGCAACCAAGACGCUAAGCGUAACUCUCAAUAUGAUGCUACCAUCACCGUGCUUCACUGUAUAUAUUCUUUAAUAGCAUGUUUGUCUUUAUAACAUCCUUCAAACUUUGCUUAUCCUCUGGACAGUUUUGGAUCUUUUGGAUACCAUUUUUCUCUUUGUAAUUAAUUGUAAUAUUCACCCCCAUUUUUCUUAAUGCAUGUUAAAAAUCAGAUUGUGUCAUCAGUUUUAUAAGGUUCUAUCUGCCACGUAAUAAUUACUAAUGAAAGAACCCUGUAACACUAUGGUCAUGAAACCAAGACCAGGAGGAUCUACUUUUUAAAGUAUUUCCUUUUCGUUUUGAAUUGUUGACUUGUUUUAGGCCUCACCUACUUUUUUUUUUUUACCCACUUUUCAUUUUGAUGCUAUUUUUUUUUCUUGUUUGUAAAAUACAUGUGCAAGUUUCUUUUUCUUCAAUUUUAAAAAACCACAAGGGUGCAAAUUUUGGAAUCAGCAAUAGCUGGGUCAGUCCACAGCUCACAGAGAUUUAUUUAUGAUACACUGUAUGCCAAACAAUGUAGGGUGGAAGAAUUUGUUGCAUUUUGGGUUUUUACUCCCACCAGAUUUUGGAAGGAAGAAAUGAAUAUAGAGGCACAGUGUUUCUUCAGUAUGCGUGAGGAAGAGGAAGAGGGAAGUUGGAAGCCAGAGUCUGGUUGUGAAGAGGCUAAUGCAGGAUAUGGAAGAGUGUUUGAGCAAGUGUGGAUCUGAGAAGGGGGGUUUGAUGACUGGAGUAAGUGGAUGACUGAGUGAGGCCUUGGAGUAGACAGGAUGGGGCAGGUGGCUGUGUGUGUGCUGACUGAGUUACUCAGCUCGACAAAGAAACUGAACAUCAACUACCAGGACACAGAUGGGUUUUCGGCUCUGCAUCAUGCGGCCCUCACAGGCACCACGGACCUGCUGUCUCUGCUUCUGGACGCCCAGGCUACAGUAGACAUCAAGGACCGCAAUGGAAUGCGACCGCUUCACUAUGCUGCAUGGCAAGGAAAAGCCGACUCUGUCCUGAUGUUGCUGAGAGCUGGAGCUUCUGUUAACGGAGCAUCACAGGAUGGACAAAUCCCUCUGCACCUGGCUGCUCAGUAUGGACACUACGAUGUGUCUGAGAUGCUUCUCCAGCACCAGUCCAACGCCUGUAUGGUCAACAAGGCCAAGAAGACCCCACUGGACCUGGCCUGUGAGUUUGGCAGACUAAAGGUGGUGCAGCUGCUGUUGAGCAGUAACAUGGUGGUGGCUCUACUGGAGGGCAACGGGAGAGAUAACACACCCCUACACCUCGCCGCUCGCAACGGCCACAAGGACAUCAUCAGGCUGCUCCUGAAAGCGGGAAUUGAUAUCAACAGAACCACCAAAGCUGGAACGGCGCUUCACGAGGCUGCGCUCUACGGCAAAACCGACGUCGUCAAGCUGCUAUUGGACGCUGGGAUCGAUGUGAACAUCCGGAACACGUAUAACCAAACGGCCCUGGACAUCGUGAACCAGUUCACCACGUCCCACGCCAGCAAAGACAUCAAACAACUGCUCCGAGAAGCCUCAGGAGCAAUGCAGGUGAGAGCUCUAAAGGACUACUGGAACCUCCACGACCCUACAGCUCUGAACAUACGUGCUGGAGACGUCAUCAUGGUUUUGGAGCAGCACGUAGACGGACGUUGGAAAGGACACAUCCAUGACAGUCAGAGAGGCAUCGACCGUGUGGGAUACUUCCCUCCGUCCAUCGUGGAGGUCAUAACCCGGAGAUCAGGGGGCUUCCUCUCUCGUCAGGCCUCACUGCCCAGCCAAAGACAUCACACCCUAGCCAGAGCUCCGCCCCCCUCCAGCCCACGCCCCGCCCCCCAUACCGACGACUCUUACACCCUGUAUUCACCCACUCAUCCCAACUCACCACGCCAAAACGGCCUGAACCAGCAGCCAGGUUCUCCUCCCGACAGUCCCAGUGCCUUGUGUAUUCCAGCUAGUUCCAAAGAGCCAGAGGAUAUUUGGGUCCUCAGGAGCUCUUUCACUGGAGACAGGAACAGUGUUGGGAGCGCAGGCAGUGUAGGGAGCAGUCGUAGCGCUGGCAGUGGACAGAGCACUGAGGGCAACUUUACCCACAAUGCACAGCAUCACACCAGCACCACUGCACAGGACAUCAACAAGGUCUUGCCCUCUGGUGGUGAAGUGGUAGAACAGCAUGGCCUGGCUUCUGAUGUCAUCAACCCUGAGCCUCCAGGUCGCAGGCCGGAUCAGAACAGCUCCAGAGCUGGUGAACCAGCUGUCAGGCCACAUGUUGUCCGUCCAGAGCAGUUACUGGAGGGCAAGGAUGCCGAAGCUAUCUUCCAGUGGCUGCGUGAGUUUCAUCUGGAGCAGUACACUACAAACUUCCUCACAGCUGGUUACGAUGUGCCUACCAUUAGCAGAAUGACCCCUGAGGAUCUCACAGCCAUUGGUGUCACUAAGCCAGGUCAUCGCAAGAAGAUCUCCACUGAGAUCAGCAAACUGAACAUCCCAGAGUGGCUACCAGACUACAUUCCCGCUGACAUCGGUGAAUGGCUUGGUACCAUUGGACUUGCUCAGUACCAGAAAAGGCUAGCAGAGAAUGGCUACGACUCCAUUAACAUUGUGCGAGACAUUACAUGGGAGGAUCUGCAGGAAAUUGGCAUCAAUCAGCUGGGCCACCAGAAAAAGAUGAUGCUUGCAGUAAAGAAACUUUGUGAUAUGCAAAAGGCUUUGAGGAACCAAGCAGAGGGCAAUGGGACACUGCAGAGAAGGAGACACCCUCCCACCCUGGAGCUGGUGGCUAUCGAAUCGGCCGACAGUGCUGAUGGCCCUUCCUCACCACUCUCACCCAAGAUGCUCACCUUCCAGGAUAGUGAGCUAAGCACUGAGCUGCAGAAUGCUAUGAUUCAGAGUGGCUAUGGUGGCUGCCCAGAAGGGUUUGGUGCUGUGCUAAGUGGAACAACGACCGUGUCUCUGAGUCAAGAGAGUAUCAGUACACGCUCACGGGGCACUGGGCACUCACAGGAAUGGCCUUUGACUUCUGUAACUCCCCACAGCCAUUCAAAUGAAAGUUUGGGCAGCUCAGACUGCAGUGCCCUCAAGGAUUACCCAGUUCUGCCUGCCAAGAUGGCACCACCAUUACCUCUAAAGAAGCAGCAGUCCACACGUGGCAGCCCACCAAUAACACCAAGCAAGACGGCUCGAUUAGCCUACCCUGCUGCCAACCCUGGAAUCUCCACAAAACCAGAUGGUUCCUCCAUCCAGAGAGGAUUUAACUACCUCCAAAACAUCAAUUCAGAUCAGUCUUGCACUGCUCAAUCCAGACCCAGUGGUGAGAACCGGCAUCCAAAGAAGCGCACACAAAGCCUGUCACGGUAUGCCCUCUCUGAUGGGGAAGGAGAAGAAAAUGAAACACCAGUAUUACCACCCAACCUGGUCUCGUAUGCUACACUCACACGCAAGCCUGGUCGUGGUCAAACAAUUGCUGCUGCCAAUGAUAGGCAGGUGGGUCGGACUCAAUCCUUUGUGAUACGUGCCAAGAGGAAGGGACCACCCCCACCUCCUCCCAAGCGGCUGAGCUCUGCCUCGAGUGCAGGAAAUAGUGGUGGAGUGGAAAUCGAGAGUGCUGGGAGUGUUCGUAUCAUUGCAGCCAGGCUGGAAAAGAGUGGAGAAAGCCCCAGUAAGACCCCCAGCAGCCCCUCAUUCAAAUCUCCCUCACCUGCCACCCAAUUUAAAACUAUAAGCAUUCAGAGAGAGACAACCAGUGAAGUCUCUCUAAGUCAAACUGGUCAUGCAGAGCUCAGUGGAGUAAAACCUGAGGAGCAAGACGUGAAGCUUCAGCCAAGCCAAGAGCAUACACCUGCUAUGUCACUUCAGGGAACUUUGUGUGAAAGCAUUCCAUUUGCUCAAGAGGGCAAAGGGACCAUAAAGCAACGGCCAAGAAUGGAAGUGGCUAAAAUGGACACUGAAGUCAGCUUCCAACCACUGAAACCUGCUCAGCUGCCUAAAUCAUCCAUAAAAUUACCAGAGUUCAAUCUGAAGGAGUCAGACACUGUCAAGAGGAGGCAUAAACCCAGAGAAAAGGAACUGCAGAUCACCAGUCAGGACACACUCCCAGGAAGGGAGAGUUCCUCUGAGGCUGAGAAGAUCUCAUUCUACAUGCCAAAUGGUGGACCAAUAGGGAAUCUCUUUCCACAGAAACCUCCAACACCCUGCAAACCAACACGGCAUUCCGCCGCAGCCCCAUUGGUUGUAGGUGGACCUCCUCAUAUUGUGCCAACCAGGAUGGGGCAGGACAUUGCCUUCACUGUGUCCUCUCCAAUAAGAAGAGAGUGUCCAACUAUCAGUGGACCCCAGGACCAAAAACAAGAUGAAUUUGUCCACCACAGAAUAGAGCAGACCAGCACUUCCCUGGUGGCAGCUCUUGAAGUGGUGGAAAGGAAUUUAGCUCAGAAGGAUCAGACUGACAGUGGAGUUUACACUGUGAGAUCAGCGGGUAACAUUCUGGAUGACAUCGGGAACAUGUUUGAUGAUCUUGCUGACCAGCUGAAUGCCAUGUUGGAUUGACCCCAUUCUUUCAUAUUGUACGAUUUGUGCACCAUCUUUGGGGGGACAGUCUUUUUGACAGAUCUCUAGAAAAUCUUCAGGUCCCUCCAGUUACUGCUUCUGAGUGAUGCUUUCCUUCUGGAUGGUCAAUAAAUGACUGGAUUCAAGAUGCCAUGCAGCUAUAGACUGUGCACUUGCAAUUGGAGAAGAGAGACUGAGAUGAGAGACCCAUCAGAGGUGAGCUUAGUUGCUCUGUUGGCUCACUCAGACAGGGUGUGGUCAUUUUGCUCCUGCCAGAACUUCAUAGCACUUACUGUUUACUGUGUCCCAGAUUUGUGAGGAGAGGUUUUCAUUUCCUGUUGCACACAGGGAAAAAGCUAGUGUCUCAUUUCUGCUUUAUUCAGGCCCUAAAGUGCACAUCACAUCAUUUGUUAUACUGCUGUAUAACAGCAUGAUUGCUACUACUUUUAUGUGUGUUUAAAGAUUGCUAGAGUCUUCUCUGAUGAAAGUACCAUAUUUUCCAGACAAUAAUUCACUUCAGAAUACUACCAUCCUUCCAAACAAAUUCAUUACAUAGCAGUGUUUAAUGCAAAAACCUUCUAAUUUACUAAGUAGCUUUUGUUUGUCUGAUCACUGCUGUUAUGAUGAUACUCAUUUUCUCUAACACUGCUAUGUGAUUUUCACUGUUAUGUUGGUGGUAAACUAAAGGCAGUGUAACUGCUUAUAACCAUCCAUAACUACUGUAAAAACACUAACAAAUGGGUAAACUCCCAUAAGAGCCUAAAAAGAACAUCAUAAAUACAGUACAAAUUGUCACACUACUGUCAUUGAUGUCAUACAGAAAAAUGAAGCGUACUGGUACAGCAAAAACUUUAACAAAAGGGCAAAUCAUCAUAAUUGCUGGCUUACCUUGCCUGCCAUAAAAAUGUACACACACACACACACACACACACACACACACACACACACACAAAAAAAACCAGCCAAACUUCCGUAAUGGCUGAAUUACCAUGCUUACUAUACAAACCCUAAAAUAAGGUAGCACACAUAAAAAACAGCAUAAAAAAUAAAAACCUGUAACAAAAGAGCAAUCCAUUGUAACCGCUAGAGUAGCAUUCCUACAGUCAACUACAGUAAUCACUGUAGUAGCAAAACAAAAAAAUUUGCCAGAUUACUAUAAGUGCUGGAGUAUUUUGCCUACAAUAAAACCAUAAAUACCUUUUGGCCAAACUACUACAACUGCUAGAGCAGCGUGUCUACUUUAAAAACACUAACAAAUGAUCAAUGAAUUAUAACUGAUGGAGCAGCAUAUCCUACCAUAAAAACACUACAAAAUGGGAAACCAUAAUUUCUACAGUAGCGUGCCUACUGCAUGGGCAAACAACCUUAACUGCUAUCAUCAGAAUAAUAACAAAUGCCUAAACAACUGAACAACUGCUAUCAUAGUACGUCUAUCAUAACACUACCGUAAUUACUAGAGAAGCAUGGCUACUGUAAAAACACUACAACAUGGGUAAACAAUUGUAUGUACUAAAAUAGAACACGUAAAAUAAGAAUACUAAAAAUGGUCAAACUACUGUAACUGCUGUCUUACAGUACAUCUAUGAUAUAAAGACACCAUAAUCUACCAUAAUUGUUGGAGUAGCAUGCCUACAGUAAAAACACUAAAAAUGGAAAACUACCAUUGCACUGACAAUUAGGCAAAUGACCGUAAUCUAAAUAAAUAGAAAGCCUGCCUUAAAAACCUUUUAUUAAGAUGAUGCAAAAAUGAUACAUGUCAAUUUGCUGUACCUGUUUGAGGGAAAUAAACACUUUAUUUUUUUCUUAAAAAGAAAAUAAGUACCAAAGCCCAGAAUCUGGUAAAAUGUGAGUAAUGAUGCGUAAGUGCUGAGAUUUCUAAUAGCACAUAAACUCUAUGGACCAAAUUUGUCAGACACUGACUGCAGAAUUAGGACCAAUGCUUUAUUUGCACAAUUACUGGUAACACUUAAAAUGAAACCUGCAUUCAAAUGAAUUUAUAACACCUCAUAUAGCAUACAUGAUACCUUAUAAUGUCAACAACUGAUUGAUAACAAUUAUUAAUUGACAAUAGCAUGAUCCUUUUUAUUAAUUAAAGAACAACACAUCAUAGCUGUCAGUUUAAAGCUACUUUUAAUGUUGAGCACAAAGCACGUUAGUAUCACUUACAUUACAGGAACUAUAAAGAGUCAUUCUCCAAGCAGCCUCACUUUUUCUCUCUCUUGGAGUUAAUGAAAUUCAAACAUGCAGGUUGCCAUGUUACUAAGAAAGCAGCAAAGUGUGAAGACUUUCCAGUGGUGGAAAACCUACUGACUGUUACAAACUGACACUGGAGACUGCUUCCAUAAAUGUUCCAUAAAACAUCUCCUAAUACAGUAGAAACUUCACCACAUCAACAGCCAUAUAUUUUUCUUCACUGAACAAUGUUUUUUAAAUUCCUUUUAUUAUUAGCUUUAGAUUAUGUAGCGCGUCUGCCAUACAAGGCCCUAUGAAUGAGUUGUUACUAUAGAAACGAUCACAUAUUAGAACGAAAGCUUUAAUAUAAACCCUGCCAUUUCUGUUACAGUUUUAAAGUUGUUAUAGUGUUAGGCACAUAACUGUACCCAUCACAAACAUUUAUACACAUUUAUGUUGGGUAUUAUGAGGUAUUAUGUAUGCGAUAUAUAACAUUUUAUAAAUGUCUUUAUAAUGCAUAAUGAAUACAUGAUUCAUCAUAAGUGUUACCCAACUAUCUAUAAUGAAUAUUAUUGUAAAUAAAAACAAGCAACAAACAGCACAUUCAUAUGACCCAGAGAUUCCCAGUAUGAGUUGUUAAUAGUGUUAAUAACGAAUAGUCAUAGUUUUUUAUAGCAAGAGAAAGUAUUGAUAGCACUGAAUGCAUGUAUAGUGUUUCUGUUUGCAUCCUUCACUCGUAAUGCCGAUGAAAUGGAAAUUUCAGUUGGAGUUUGCUAGAUCUUCAUUUCAUAAAGGGCCAUAUUCAGAUUUGAGUUAAGCAUGGUCUUAAUAUUUAAUAAUUUAGAAAAUCAUAGGAUGUGCUGGAUAAAGUACAAUUUUAUAAGCUGCUAAAUAAUGAGGGUAAAAGCAAUAUUGUUAGACUAAACCCAAUUUACAGUGAUUAAUUUGAUAAUUACAACUAGGACUACUCAUGCAGUGAUAUACUAGCAGUAUACUAGACAUACUAGAUGUUUAUUAUAUUAUUAAAUGUCUGCCAUCUUCUUAUUUAUAUAUCAUCAUAUUUGUCUUUUUUGAUUUUUCUUUGAUAAAUUCUUUUGCUUUGAUUUUCCAUUGUAUUAUGUUUGCCUGGAAAAAAAAUUCUAUUUCCUUCUUCAGUCAGUAUUUUCUAGCCCUGGGGCUUAAGGGAAAGGGCUUAUGUUUAAAGACUCUGGUCUAGAUGCUAUAGGAAAACCCUGUCAUGGACACUUAAGGAAAAUCUGGCAAGCUCAGAGGUGUCACCUACACGCAGGUGAUUUCCAUAAAUGUGGAGCCCAGAAAAUCAGCUUAAGCAGGUGCAUAACCGGACUCUGAAGACCAGGAGUGUUCCCUGUGUAAACAUUGACAUAACCUUUUAAACUUAAGUCACCAACUCUGAAUAUGGCCCAUAAUUAUGAAAUAUAAUCAUAACCACAGAACCACUUUUUCUAAGAGCAAUGUACUAAACACAGUUUAACCAAAAAGAGGUAAUACAUUCAGUUGCAUUACUGUUGAAUUUCAACACACUAAAGAAAUAGUUAAUCAAAUAUGCUUAUAAAUUUUAUUUUGCUACUCUUGUUGUCUUUGCACUGUAUAUCUACUGUAUGCACUAUACUGUAUUUAUUCUAGCUUUUAUUUUAGAUGAUUGUAUACUCUGCAUGUACAGUACAAGCUAGCUUACCAAUACCUGACUGAAAAAAAAGAAUUUUGUUAUAUUUGUGUAAUGUUUUGAUAUAACUUACUCAGCCCAACAGAGCCAAAUAUAGAUCUGAUUGCAGGAGGAAUAAAGCUUCCUAAACUUGCAUGUUUUUAUGUAUAAGAAUGUCAGUGGUUAUAGAUUUUAUAUAUCAUUUACAUUUUUAAUCAGUUUUACAAAAGCAGCCACUCAACUGAUGUUUUAGCAUAUGGUUAGUGUAUAAAUACUGUAUGCUACUCUGUAAAAGUUUUGACAGUCAACUUCAAAAUUAUCGGCACCCAUCGGUUCUCAUGAGGAUGAUUUUUUUUUGUUAGAUGGAAAUGAAAUGCUUUCUGCAAUUAUUUGAGUGGAAACAUUGUACGUUAGGUGUAUUUGAUUUUCAAGGAUUUUACAAGGAUUUCUUUUGCCUGUUAUUUUAAAGGGUGCCAAUAAUUCUAAAGCUGGCUGUGAAUCCUGUGGCAUGGUCUCCUGGUCAGUGCUACAUGGUCAGCGCUGCUGGCAUGGUCGAGUCAGUACUAAGGCAAACACAGAAUUAGCAAUGUGUGUGCUUGUGUAUCAGUGUGUGACCAUAAAACUGACUGCUGUUUGAAGAAGAAAGCAGCUCAAACACUAUUUAAUAAAAUAAAUUAAAUAAUCAUGAUCAAUACCUUGUUUUUGUAAAAGAAUUUAUUUGUAAAUAAAGCAUGCCCUGAUAAACUCA